CCCUCUGACCGUCCGACUGGUAGCUAUGAUGUGCACUGACUACCAGGGGCCAGACGCUUAACACAGGAGCUGCCAUGACAUGCACUGGCUGGCACCACGGACCUGGCGCCGACACACCAACACUCGGCUUCCCCCAAGUGGGACACAGGCCCCGCCACCACCCCAAAGUGACACUCCACCAAAUUGCAGCCAAUGCUGCCAAGACCCCAUGGCGCAAAAUGCAGCCCAUAGCCCAGCCCAGCCCGGAAACGAUUGCUGUGGGUGCUAAGUAAUGACGUCAAGUAGCAACACCCGGCUUCCUCUCCCUAGUGACUAGCCUCCUUGGAGUUUCUUCAGCCCAGGAACACGACUUGCUUUAUAGCCAGGUGCAAACAUUUUACACUUUAACCAAAUGUUUGUGAAGAGUUUUCCCAUGCCUCAUCUCAUUUGAUCCUCACAGUCUGCUUCGUGUUGAUAUUUACUGCUGUGUUGCUGACAAUUACUUGAAAGAGAAGUUGGGGUGCUUCACUGAGCUGGAAAAAGUUUAGCUAAAUCAGAAAGUAGGUCUAAUUAAGCAAGUUUAUUCUAUAUAUAUAAAAGGCUAAGUUGACUCACACAUGCAUGAUACAUAUAAAGCUCUUGCAGGCACCAAUAGCACACAUGUGUUUCGAUCUGUCAUUGUCGAUUGUGAGUUUGGUUGACACUUAUAUUAUAGAGAAAGGGCGAAUAGUGAUAUUAAAAUAUUUCUUCUAAUUAAUUUCCUUUCAAUGUGCAUGAAUCCAUGCAACAGGCCUCUAGUAUGCAUAUAAGUUCUUUGGUUAAUUUCUCCCAUCCCUCCUUUUCCCUCUGAAAUGCAUCAGUCUAUUGCAUGCUUCAAUGUCUCUGGGUCUGUUUUAUUCAGUUUAUUUUGUUCAUUAGAUUCCACAUAUAAAUGAGAUCAUGUGAUACUUGUUUCUCUGACUGGCUUAUUUCACUUAGCAUAAUACUCUCUAGGUCCCUCCAUGCUCUUAAAAGGUAAGAGAUCCUUCUUUUUUACACCUGCAUAGUAUUCCUUUGUGUAAAUGUAGCACAGCUUUUUUACCCACUCAUCUACUGAUGGGCACUUGGGCUGUUUCCAGAUCUUAGCUAUUGUAAAUUGUGCUGCUGUGAACAUAGGGGUACAUAUAUUCUUUGUCAUGGCUCUUCUACCUUGGUGUUAUAACUUUCCUCCUUAAGAACUAAGAAGAGCAGAGAACCACAAAGCCAAAUUGAGAUGUUAAUCUCUGUUUAUGAUUUUAGGCUCACUCUUAAUAUAUGAAUUUGUUAAAUUAAAAUGUAAAGAUACCAAAAACCUAUAAUAUUUCAUUCAAAACUAGUAUUAAUAAGGAAACAUAAAACAUGUAGCAAAACACUGUGUACUUAAAUAAAUGUAUGUAUUGAUUCAAGAGAGAGAGGAGGGAUAAGGGGAAGAGAGAGAAACAUCAAUCACUUGCCUUCUGCACACCCCCUGCUAGGGAUCGAGCCUGCAACCCAGGCAUGUGCCCUGAGAAUGGAACCAGCGACUUUUUUGGUGCAUACGAUGACACCCCACCAACUGAGCCACACAAUUCAGGCCACUCUAUUUUUAUGCCUCUGUUUUAGUUAAGAGACUGAUUUAACUGCCAGUGUUACACAUAAAGUGUGAUAGUCAUAACAGUGAAGUAUGUACAUAAAAUAAUACAUUGACUAAUUCCCCUCAUUAAGACAGGGGUAAGCAUACUAAACAGCCCUUAAAAUUGUUGAGAUGGUCUUUGCAGAAUUAAUUAAAAAUCUAUUGUGUUUGCCUUUGGCCUUGCUUCCUAUCUUAGUCAUUUUUACUUUCUAUGAAUUCUAUGACCCCAAGUCAUGAUGCUUUUAUUGUUUGCAUACAAAAUGUAAGAUUUUUUUUUUCACGGGAAGUAUUGUUGCUAUUUGGAGUUUAGUGAAUUCAGUUUAAAGUAUGGAUGGGCUUGUAGAUGAAACUGUUCUCAAACAAGUAGAAUUAGGCAGAGGUUAAGUAGCUGGUUUUUUUGGAAGACUUAAGAUGGGGUUGUAAGUGACUUACACAUAUUAACUCACUGAAUCCUCCUAGCAUCCUUAUGAGGUAGGUACACUUUUAUCGUUUUUACCGAGGAGGAAGCAGAAGCUCAAGGCAAUAAACAGUGGAAUCACUGUUUUGUUGUUUUAUAAAAUAUAUAUUUUAUUGAUUUCAGAGAGGAAGGGAGAGGGAGAGAGAUAUAGAAACAUCAGUGAUGAGGGAGAAUCAUAGAUUGGCUGCCUCCUGCACACCCACACUAGAGAUCGAGCCCACAGCCCAGACACCUGACCUGACCGGGAAUUGAACUGUGACCUCCUUGUUCAUAGGUCAGUACUCAACCACUGAGCCGUGCAGGCCGGGCAAGAAUAACUGUUUUUAAUGUCCCUGUAUUGAAAGAGGGUAAUCAGCCCUGGCCUGCUCAGCUGGUCAGAGCAUCGUCCCAAUACCUCAAGGUUUGGGAUUCGAUCCCCAGUCAGGGCACAUACAAGAAUCAACCAAUGAAACUGGCUGCUCUGAAAAGCCAUCUUUGCAUUGUUCUGUGGCUGCCUCUCCGCUGGCUACAGCUACCUCAACCACGCGCCUCCUCUGCCACUUUGGACUCCAGCAACUUCUACGCCAGAGUCCUCCAAUUCUCAUUUUUUUAAAAAAAAAAUUGGCUGCAUCGGAUCACUGGCGUGCCCCACCAUGUCAGACACGGCUGUGGACACCAGCUCCAAGAUCACCACCAGGGACUUAAAGAAGGAUGUUGUAAAGGCAGAAAAUGGAAGAGAUGCACCUGCGAAUGGAAACGCUAAUGAAAAUGGAGAGCCCGAGGCUGACAAUGAGGUAGAAGAAGGAGGAGAGGAGAAAGAGGAAGGUGAUGGUGAGGAAGAGGGUGGAGAUGAAGAUAAGGAGGCUGAGGCAUCUACGGGCACACGGGCAGCUGAAGAUGAUGAGGAUGACUCGACAGCAAAAAAGGAAAAGUUACACUUAAAAGAAAAAAGGACUCCGUGACCUAUUCUCCCUCCACUUCCCAUCUCAGAAUCUCAACAUGGUCACCUUCAAGUAGAGGCUCCUGCCUGCCGGCCCAACUCGGGCAGCGCCACCUGCAGGUGACAUGCACUCUUCACCACCCAACCAAAACCACAACGUGAAUUUGCAACGGGAGGAAAAAAAGAACCAGAACUUCCAAGGCCCUGCUUUUUUUUUUUU